GCGGUGGUAGCUGUGUUGUGGUGGAGAGGAGCACGUGCACCGUGUUGACGUUGGUGAGGAGCUGUGAGGCGGCAGGAGCCAGGGACGUGGUAGUGUUGUAGGCCAGCAGGAGAGUCAGCGUCACACCAUGGUUGCCAAGAAGAGGAAGACCAAACGAGUUACUUUUAAACUCAAAUAUAAGAUAGAGAAGAAAGUUCGGAAUCAUCAUAAAAAACUGAAGAAGGAGAAAAGAAAGCACCCAGAAAAGUUUAGAAAAAGGACUAAAGAUCCUGGAGUGCCAAAAUCACUUCCCUUCUAUGAGGAGGUCAUACAAGAGGCAGAAGCAGCAAAGGAGGCUCGAGAACGACGCAGAGAAGAAGCUAAACUUCGAAGAAAGGAGCAGAAAGACCAAGUUCUUGCCAAGAAGAGAGAUAUUGAAAACAUAGAUGAGCUCAUUCGAACCGCUGAGGAGCGUGGUGCCAAGUUUGAAGCAGACAAGGCUAAUACAGCAAGUUUAAGCAGCAGCUUAAGUGACAGAUCUGCAAAGGCAUACUACAGAGAGUUCAAGAAGGUUGUUGAAGCAGCAGAUGUUAUCUUGGAAGUGCUAGAUGCCCGUGACCCUUUAGGAACCAGGGUGCCUCAAAUGGAAUCUACUGUCGUAGGUCAGCCGGGUAAGAAGUUAGUUCUGGUGCUUAACAAGGCUGACUUAGUGCCCCGAGACAAUCUUGAAAAGUGGCUAAAAUACCUUCGCCGUGAACAUCCAACUGUAGCUUUCAAAUCAAGCACGCAGCUCCAAAGUUCCCGUCUAUCACAGUCAACCGCUAAAAUUCUACAGUCUACAAAGGCACUUAUGCAAUCUUCACGAUGCUUGGGUGCCGAUGUUCUCCUACAACUUCUGAAGAACUACUGCCGGAAUAAAGACAUAAAAACUGCAAUUACAGUUGGUGUUGUAGGGCUUCCCAAUGUUGGGAAGAGUAGCGUAAUCAACAGCUUGAAGCGUAGCAAGUCAUGUGGUGUUGGAUCAACUCCCGGUCUCACAAAAACAAUGCAGCAGGUUCAAUUAGACUCAAAAAUUCAAUUGCUGGACUGCCCAGGGAUAAUUCUUCCUGGUGGGGAUGCUUCUGAUGCUACAGCUGCACUCCGAAAUGCUAUUAAAAUUGAGCAGUUGGACGACCCCAUAAAACCUGUUGAAGCUGUAUUAGCUCGGGCAAACAAAAACCAGCUGAUGAUUUACUACCGCUUGCCCGAGUUCCAUAAUGCAGAUCAGUUUCUGGCAUUGUUGGCAAAGCGCUUGGGGAAAUUAAAGAAGAAAGGCAUUCCUAACAGAGAAAUUGCUGCUCGUAAAGUAUUACAGGACUGGAACACCGGCCUCAUAAAAUACUACACACAACCCCCAGAAGUUGCCAACACCCAAGUUGGGACAACAUUGGUCACCGAGUUAAGUAAAGAGUUUGACAUAGACAGUCUUGUGUUGGAAGAAGGAUCAAUGCUGUCAGCUCUGCCCACUUUUAGACCGUCACAAACAAUGUUGGUGGACUCCUUAGGGCCAGUUAUGGAGGUAAAAGAUGGGGAAGAUAACAUGGAUGAGGAAGAUGCUGCAGAAGAGGAUGAGAUAGAUGAUGAUGAUGAAGAGGAUGAGGUAGAAGAUAUGGAAGAUAAUGAAGAGGUCGUUGAAGAUAAUAAAGUGUUAUCAAAAGAUGUACGCAUUAAUAUGGAUGCCAGUUCGACUGGUAGUGAGUCCGUUGACAAGAGUGAGAAGUUGGAACGUUGGGAGACACCUUUACAAGAGUUUGAUCCGCAGUCAAUGUCUUUGAAGAAAUAUCAAAAAAAGAUGCAAAAGAAGGCUCGCAAAGAAGGCAAUCGCAAUGUCAAACGAACAGACGAUCUUACACUCGCAUUCCAAAGUUUUUCAGGAUUAAAGGAUAAAGACGAAUAUGAUUUUCAUGCAUAUUUUGAAAAAUAGCUAUUUAUGUUUAAAUUAGUUUCCUUUCACUCAUAAAAGAAAUGUGUAUAUUGAAGUGUGCAUAUACAGUACAGUAUAUAAAAAAAUUCUUUGUAUUCAUUAAACCAGUGUGAAUAAAGUGUCUAAACUA